AACACUGCAUAAUAAUUUCGAAUCACAUUCCUAGAGAGAGAAAAGGAGAGAGAGAGAUGGCAUUUGUUGCUUUGACUUCUCUCAUGGAAACAAUUCGCCUAGAGUUCUUACAAUCCGACCCAAGGGUGCCUCUCGAUGCUGAAAAGCUUUCUGAUUUGCAGUUAUCUCGAUUCCAAGACUUUCUGCAGAAGCCGCCUAGUGGUGCCUCAGCAAAAACAAUCAAAUAUCUGAACACCAAAAUCAGAGACUUUGCACUCCAAGCCGAAGACCACAUCGAAACACAACUACACACUCUCCUUCUAGCCAAACACCACGACGCAGAAAAAGCUUCUCUGGCACUCCAUCAGGCCCUGCGAAAACCCACACAAAAAGCAGCUGAAUUGCUCAAUAUUAUCAGCACCACAAUAAGCAGUGAAGCUGCAGAAAACACCAAUAUUAAAACUCAACCACCGUCGCUGCUAAAACAGGCGGCGGCUUCCGGUCGUUCUGAGAAUGUUCAAUCGUCGGAGAAGGGCAGAUCCUGGUGGCGCUCCCCGGAAAAGAUUUGUAUGAUCGGUCGCCGCCAUGAUUGUGACGUGAUAAAGGACCGCCUCUUACGUGGCUCCUCGGAGCUAGGACUUAUCCCAAUAGUUGGAAUGGUGGGCAUCGGAAAGACUACUUUGGUUAAAACCAUAUACACAGAUCCAGCACUUCUGUCACAUUUCCAAGUACGAGGAGGGGUUACUAUGCGUCCAGAAUUUGACAAGACACAAAUGCUAAGCGACCUUCUUCGAUCCAUCAAUGGAGCAGAAUCAAAUGAAACCAAAGAGGGAAUCACUACUACCACUUCUGAUCUAGCAAAUCAGCUACGCAAGUGCUUGAACGGCAAGAGGUACGUGAUUGUGUUGGAUAACUUAUUGAACCAUUUAGCUUGGGAUGAUAUCCACCGAUACUUUCCUAAUGAUGGGAAUGGAAGUUGCAUAUUGCUAACCACUAGGCACUUUGAUGGGUACUAUGCUAGAGGCAGUGCCGACCAUAUCCAUUACAUGACUUUGUUAGAUCCAAAAGAAAGUUGGGAUCUCUUUUAUCAUAUCCUUCCACACAAUAAAAAGAGUAUGAUAUCCAAAUUUGAAACAAUUAGAGAGGCUCUUGUGGAAAAAUGUGAGGGGUUAGCACAAUCAAUUGUGACGGUAACUAAGCGUCUAUCUGAAUGCGACAACAUAGAGAAAGAGUGGAAAAAGAUUGAAAAGGAGUUAGAGUCGUUAGGGAUUUUAGAUCGCAAUGACCUCACACUCAAUUACAAUCAGUUACCGCAACAUUUGAAUGUGUGCUUUUUAUAUUUUGGAACCUUCCCAAAACGCAGUGAAAUCUUAGUUAAAACCCUUUUUAGGUUAUGGAUUGUGGAGGGUUUUGUGAUGUCAGAAAAUCAAGCUUACAAGUAUUUACAAGAGCUUAUUGAUAGAAGUCUUGUCUUAAUUCAUAGCCGAAGUUCUAAUGGCCAAAUUAAGACCUGUAGGAUGCACGGUGCCUUGCAUACCUUUUGUGUAGGAGAAGCUCAAAAAGGAGGUAUUUUUUGUGCUGUAAAUACUCGACAACAUUUAGGGUUGCCAUUAGAUGUGUUUGCAAACUCGUGUCGUUGGUUGAGUUUAUACACACACAGCUUUGACUAUUAUGUGUUAUUCCGUACAAACAAUCUUCGCUCUAUUUUCUUUCAUGAAAAUCCUGAAAUGUUUGUAGAUUCCAAACUGAUAAGAGUAUUGGCUUUUGUCCCUUCUCCGUCUUUUGUUCCAUCUUAUCCACUCACAAGAAAGAAUUUCGAGGAUUUAGUGUUUUUGCGAUACUUAUCUUUAACCCAAUGGUUUGAAAAUCUGGAGCACAUAGUGUCAGCUAAUCCGAAUUUGCAAACGCUUAUCAUUUCUAAGACAAGAACAAGCAAUAAUAAGCGUUUGUCAUCUGAGAUUUGGAAAUCACCACAACUAAGGCAUGUGGAGGUUAGCUACUCCCUCUCAGUGGAUCCUCCUAGUGAGGUCAAACACAGCUUGCACACACUCUAUUGGUUGAGUUUAGAACAUUGUACAAAGGAAGUGUUUUCAAGGAUUCCGAAUGUAAAAAAAUUGGGGAUUAUUUGUGGAUGUGAAUCAAAUAAUCCAAAUGGAGUGGACUCAGAUAACCUUGGUAAUCUUGAUUGUUUGGAUAAGCUAGAGACGUUAAUGGUUGCAUUCCGGAAAGGCUCAUCAGUUUCUGCAGGCUUCCAGAAUUUGAACUCUUUGUCACAUUGCCUUAACAUCAAGAAACUGAAAUUGAAGAGAACUUGUUUGGCAUGGAGAGAAUUAAACACAAUUAGCAUGCUACCAAAUCUCGAAUCUCUGAAGCUGAAAGAAGCCUCCAAUGAUUCGGAUUGGGAACCCACUGAGGGAAAUUUUGAAAAACUAAAAUUGUUGUUCCUUGAAGCUAGAAACCUUGUUCGCUGGGAAAUCAACAGAGAUGAACAAUUUGGUUGUCUUGAACGCCUUGUUCUUAAAAGGUGUAUCAGCUUGGAAGCGAUUCCAAUUGAUUUUGCAGAUAUCAUCACGUUGGAGUCAAUCGAGUUACGAAAUUGCUCCCCUUCUGCUAUGUCUUCUGCCCAACAAAUUAAUGUUAUCCGCAACGAUGAUUAUGGAUACAAAACCGUUGAUAUUCACCGUGUGGACCAAACAGAAGAACCUAGUGUUGAAGAUGAUAAUAAUGCUUCUCAUUAAACAGAUAGGAUAGCAUGGCUUGCAAUAUAAUGCAAUUUGGUCAUUUCUACGAGUUUGCUUCAUGUGGUUAAUAAAUUUUUGGAGUUUGCUUUUUAAUUUUCCCUUGAAUAAAUGAUUCAUAAAGCUUUGCUGCGCUUUGCUAUCAAGAGUCUUUUAUUAUUGUAUAUUAUUAUUGGCAUUGCAUUGUCACACAUAUUGUGGAAUGGUGUAAACUAUUGAAGUUUAAUUUAUUACUCCAUAUCAUCAUUUAUGUGUAA